GUCUGGAGAGGAGGUAGAGAGAGGAACAGAGAGGAGAGAAGGAUGGCAGAGAUAUGUGACCCCAAGGAGCCAGAGGAGAAGACAUGGACGGGGCCGGUAUUGGUUGAGAGAGAUCUUGGACUACUACGCAGAUUAAGGAACUCACCAGGGUGUCUGACUUGGCCCCUCCUUCUGCUGCUGCUCUUCGUCUCAUUGGGUUUCUUCAUGCUCCUGGUGACCACCCUGGUUCAAGUUUCCAGGAUCCACCAGUCUCUGCAGAGAGAGAGAGAGACCAGCAGGAGACCCACAGCCCAGGAGAAGAUACAAUCAAGCCUGGAUAAGUUCCUGCAGCAGGUGACCUGGAUGAAUGCCACCCUGGCUGGCCUGUGCCAUCCCUGCCCCUGGCAUUGGGAAUUCUUCCAGGGAAGAUGCUACUUAUUCUCCCAGACCCAGAGUGACUGGAAAUCCUCCGUCUCCGCCUGUGAGGACAUUGGGGCCCAGCUGGUUAUCAUCAAUAGCACUGCGGAGCAGAGAUUCCUGAAGUCUUGGUAUGUCAGAUAUAAUAAAGCCACCUGGAUUGGCCUCAGUGAUGACACCAGUGAAGGUUCCUGGCAGUGGGUGGACAACAGCCCCCUCCAACUCAGCUUCUGGAAAGAAGGAGAACCCAACAAUCACGGAGAUGAAGACUGUGCAGAAUUGCACAACGAUGGCUGGAAUGAUAGCAAAUGUACGGUAGAAAACGCCUGGAUCUGUGAGAAGCCCUCGUCUCCCUGCCCCACGCUCUGAGGGCCACUGCCCAGCCUCCUACUCCCCAUCAGUAGAGAACAGCCAACAGGCCUUCAGCUGGUUUCCCUUUGGCUCCACCCUCUUCCGUCUUUACCCUUUGGUGAAUUCCCAUCCCCCUCUUGAACGGCGGUCUUUUAGAUCCUACAAGAGAUUCUGAAACCCCCUUAUCCUCGAACCCCUCCCUCCAUAGGCUACAAACCCUCUCUCUUCAUCUGCAGAUGGUCUCAGCAGCCCCUCCGCCCCGCCCCCCCAUGACAUCCCCUUAAUAAAGUCACAUUGCAUUA